AUGAAUCAAAACAGACGGUUUCUCUUCAACUCUCUCCAGAGGGAUGAGCUGGUUGAACACACAGCACCGGUUACCUUCUCUCACCUGGCUCAAGAGACGUGCAGCAGAACCCUGUGGGAGCACAGUGGACCACUAAGAGGAGAUCCAGACCCAGAGGGGUGAGUCAGUGUGCAGAGAGAAAGAAAAGCCCUGACACUGGUGAGAGGCUCCAUGUCUGUAAUGAUGGAGGGAUGAAUGAGGGGAGCCGACAGGCCUCACAGAGUCAAUGCACCCCAGGCAGCACAUGCAAAGGAGUCAUGGGGGCGAGAUCACUAAGACUGGCAUGGAGCUAAAAAUGUUCACAGCAGGCAUAAACUCAUUAUUGGUGGCAGCCGGAGACGAGGUUGUGAUGGUGCUGGCAGGCAGGGAGGGAGGGAGGGAGGGAGGGAGGCGUCAGCAGCUAAAGGUAAAUUAAAGCCGGUGUCUCUCAGGUUGAAAAAAUAAAAAAAUACAGCUGAAUCUGAAUCAUCAUGAACUACCCGAGCUGUCGACAUGUCGGAGCUGCCUGAAUCUCUCAAAGAAAAGAAGUAAUUUUCCUCUUCCGUCUCUUUUUAAUGCCGUUCCCCUCAUCCCACGCAAGUUUGAUAGCAGUCAGUCGUUUUUUUUCUCACUCGUGUGUGUGUGUGUGUGUGUGUGUGUGUGUGUGACUCAUGAGGAGGGAUUGUCAUCUGCAGGGUGCUUCACAUCCAUGACAUUAUGCCACAGAUCACUCUCACAUCGCCUGACAGAAGAGCUUGAAGAGCCUCUUAAUUCACUCGAGGGCAAGAUCCAAAAAAAAGAAAACCCCUCUGCAGAUUCACGACUAAAAGUCAGAGGUACGUGGAAGAGGAACAGGAAAACUGAUUCUUGUCAGUCUGCAUGAAUGCCAGCUGAGUUCUCAUGAAUCUAAAUCAUAAUGAAACUCUGAGUGGAGCACGCUGUGGCGGCGUUUCCACCGCUGACAUCUCAACGAGAGGAACAGCGAUGAAGCAAUGUGACAUGGCAGGUUUCGUACUACAGUACUUCAGUUACAAAGUUUUAAAAAAUAGUAGAAAUUAAUGCUUCGCCCUUUAACUGCAACUGCAGCCCUGCCCCUUUAACUGCAGCCCGGCCCCUUUAUCUUCAGUUCUGCCCCUUUUGCUGUAGUCCCGCCCCUUUGGUUACGUCCCUGCCCCUUUAGCUGCAGCCCCGCCCCUUUCUGGGUGAAAGCAGUCCGUUUGAAUGGAUCUCUUCGUAAUAUAACAGUUUAAAAAAGAAAGUGUUUAACAGCUAUUUAGAGCGCGAGUAUAAUGGACUGUAAGGCAAACACAUUAGUUGUGACUUUAUUAAUUAUUGUUCAGUGACGUACAGUGUUAGGUAAGUUACUUGACGCGUUCGUCCCAACACUGGUGACGUAACAUCUUAAAAUAAAGUUAGGAUGAGAAGCCGUGUGUUAAUCUCGCUGCGUUGAAACGAGUAAAUAUGUCACAGUGAUUUUAAAGCAGGUACCUCACUUUAAUAAAUGAUAAAUAUAUGGGGGGGGGGUCGCUGUGAUGAACCCUCCUCGACUCCGGAGACAGAAUCAGCCGACAGCUCCUGCUGAGAACGCCGAGACAUUUCCAUCGAUAUAUAUAUUACCGCCGGAUAUCAUAAUCAAGAAAGACAAUUAAAAAGUCAUAACCUGACUUAGCAUCACCGUCUAAACACACACACACACACGCACACACACACACACAUGAAUGAUGACUUGUUUUCGACCUCUGAGUAUUUGAUAAGCGUUAUUUAAACAGCUCGACUGUGACACGUGACUCUGUUCAGAAUCAUGUUUUCUUGUGAAGAAACAGCGGCGUCUCUCUUCUGAACAAAACACAAAAUCACCUCUUUUCAUCUGGGAUACAGCGGACGGAUGUUGGGUUGCCGUGACAACAGUCAUAAACCCAAACAAUAGCCUUUAGAGCAUAUUUCGGCACCUUAUCUCAAUGUUUGGCCCGAUCCAUAAAGAUACACAAUAAAUAGACAGCAGUGUGUUAUUUAAUGUGACGAAAUAACAGAAACUGGAUUCACUGAAUUACAACAGCGCUUCUUUAAACAUCGACAAAUCCAGGCUGAACUCCAUCCAUCAGUUCCUCCGCUCAUCUGGGGUGAGGUUGUAGGGUCAGCAGUCUAAGGAAGUCGACCCAGAGCUCCGUCUGCAGAAUCCUGAGCAGGAUAAGAUGUUUGAAAAAACACCAAAAACAACCUGAACAUGAAGUUUGACUCUGAUCUUUUCAGACUUUCAUCACUGGAACAGAUUUUGACUCGUUUCUGUUUAUAUCACACAGAGGGUCUUAUUAUUUCUUUGCACAUCUAUUCAUUAAAGAAACAGGUGAGCUGGAUUUACAACUUAACGGCCUUGGGUCAGCUCCAUCACCAACUUCAUAAUUAGGAUGACAGAUUAGUCACUGUCACCUCACACCCAGCAGCAUAUGUCAGUUUUAUCGCCCAGCCACGCCACUUCGUAUUCAUCUUUAUGGGCUGUUCCCUGAUUGGCUCGUUAACUCUCUUAAGGCGGCUGCAGCGUUAAUAAAUAUGACAGGUGUUGGACGGACUUAAAUAAGUCGUAAAAUGAUUUGACUUUAAAUCCAUAAAUUCAUUUUUUUUUUCAUUAAUAACAUUUUAAAGGAAGUAAAGUUCCUGUUGUCGACACCUUCAACUAUCAUCCUUUUUAAAGUCAUAUUUUAAUACAGCAGAGCCUGUUUGUUCUCAGCUUUUUACGGCUCAUUUCUUUUUAAUUAUCAGUUCUUUGUCGUCGAUGUUUUGAACAGACCUUCAUUUGGUGAUUUGCAUAAUUCCCACCUUCGUUUCCACCUGCCUAAUUUGCAAUUGCUUUUGUUUUCAAUCUUAUAAAAACAAUUACAUUGCAAAUUAAUUUAAAGUUUCUUUUUUUUCUUGUACUUUCACGCUGAAAACACUUUAACAAGUUAGAAUGGAUUUUACUUUGAGGCCAAAACUGAACGUUUGUUUUUCUGUCGAGAAUAAUUUCAGUCAGGGGUGAAGGAAGUUUCCAAACAGGUUCAUCUCAAACCCAAAGACAAUAACGUUCAUUUGAAGCCAUGACAGGAUUUCGUCUUUUAAUCUGAGGAACAAGAUAUUCAGCAGCCGGAGUACAGAGCCAAAUGUGACAGAUGUGUCUUCUAAAAUAAUAAGCUCGGCUAUUUGGUGUUUAAUUCACAUGUGAACAUUAGAGGAGAAAAAGAUGUCUUUGAUUGUUUUCAUCAUGAAAAUUUCAACAUGUCAGCACAGAUUGUUCUGCCGUACAUCGUUUUUCCAUCUACUUUAUUAUUUAACCGUCUUUUCCAACCUCAGGGAAAUAACAAAUCUAAGCGCUGGUGAAGUCACAGAGGUAGAAAAAAACAAGCCAAGAUUUCUGUGUUUGUUUGUCCAAAUUUUUAGAUUUCUCCAUCCGACUGUCAGAGAUGUAACUUAAGACUCAAAACCUGGUUUUAGGUCACCUUUAACCUGGUCUAAGUGGACCUGGAUCACCAUCAAUGUGGAUCCAGAGGAGCAGGCACAGAAACAGGAGCUGACUGAGGAGCACACACGGGGGUCUCAGGGCGCCUUCACAGAAACCCGGGUACAGGGGUCACUCCUCAGGGGGUCGGGCAGGAACAGGAGUCAGUAUCAGACAGGUGACAGUGACUCUGGGUUGCUAGGCAGCUCGGUUUUUGCAGCGGAGGCAGAAGAUUGCUCUGUUCGCCACACCGCCUCCCCAGUGACCACCUCUGGUUCUGGGGAAAAUUGCGGAGAGUGUCCCAGUCCAUUUAGACCGCUCCAGCUGACAUUUGUCCUUCUGAAAACUGCCGUGAAUAAAUUUAAAGAAUCUAAACCUGCAGAAUGA